CAGGUGUAUAAACGUUUGGUUGAAAUUGGCCGUGUGGCUCUGAUUAACUCUGGACCUGAUGAAGGCAAACUUUGUGUGAUCGUUGAUGUGGUGGACCAAAAUCGAGUGAGUUUGACCUUGCGAGGUUUCAAGUUGUUUAUUGGCCUAGUGUAUUGGGACUACUUGUGAAUGAACUUGAAAUCAAAAUUUGGACUUAUUGAAAAAAAGGUUUUGAGAAGGAUACCAAGUAUCUUUUCACUGACCUUCACUUUAAAUCACAAAUAUCGAUUAACCAGGUGAUGUGUAAGCUGCAUCCAUCACUUUGUACAUGUAGAUCUCUGGGUACUUCGCAUUUUAGUGAAUUUCUUUAUAACUGAAAUGGUAAUUUCUGUUUGUAAAAGGCCCUGAUUGAUGGACCGUGCACCAAUGUCUGUCGCAAGGCCCUAAAUUUCAAGCAUCUUUCCCUCACUGACUUCAAAAUCAAGGUGGGACCAUCAGCCAAAAGUGGCCCAGUUAAGAAAGCCUUUGAGAAGGGGGAGAUCUUAGAAAAGUGGGAAAAGACCGCAUGGGCCAAGAAGCUUGCUACAAGGAAGAAGCGAACUACUCUGACUGAUUUUGAUCGCUUCAAACUUAAGCUGGCCAAACAAAAGGUUUGUACUACUAUUGUUAGUGGAGUAUUUUAUAUUUCUGUAGUAUACUUUUUGGAUGGGUGUGCUUAUUAUUAUAAAUCGAAACUAAUGAAGUGUACUGAAUAUUUCACUGCACAACCGUCUUUCUUACUGGGUGUCCAUUUUUGUAAGUGCAGUUUCUGUGGAGUGUAAUUUUUAUUACUAAAGUUUUCACAACCAGUCAACAUUUUGAGCCCUGCGUUUUGAAGUGCAGUUACAACAAAUCCGUCUUUAUCGCUUGAAACAAAACUUAACGUUGGUAAUACAACCACCCUACCAAUAUGGGCAAAUUCAUAUGGCAUUAUUGUAUGCAUCAACAGGGUUACAUUGUAUGUGGUAGCAACUGACCAGACAUUAAACCCUUUUGCUUGUCAUGUGGCCAAAAAAAUAUUAUAAAUUCAAAUUUCUCUUGUGUAAAAUUGGCUGAAGAAAUAAUGUAAAUACUUAAAAUAAUGCUUUGCAAAAGUUUUGGCUGAGUCAAUUCAUUUGAAUGGUGACGCAGUAGGAUUUUGUCCGCAAAUGUAAAAAGUAGAUUGACAAAUAAUCUCACCUUGACUUGGCCUUAGAGUGAAGAGGUUUUACAUGCAGUUGUAUUCAGUGUCCCUGAGAAAUAGACAGUUUUCUAUGAGGUUUCUUUUGAAUGUCGACUUGGUAGCAUUUUGCACAGUUUGUUAGGGUGGCAGAUAAUCACCAUGACGUGGUUUAGGAGUUGAAGGGUAUAAUUGACAAAUAAGCAACAAUUUCCCAUGUUCUGCACUCUUAUUGAUAAUAGAAAUGCAGGGCUCGAAAUAACGGCCGGUCAACGGACAAUGUCCGGACUGAUUGGGGAGUUGACCAGUCAACUUUUCGUCUUGCCGAUCAUGUUGACUGGUCACAAUCGAUCGUAUUGAAAAUGAAAUCAGUUGUUUCAAUUGUUAUAAGUAUGUAGCGAGUCGCUGUGCAUUGCAAAACGUUGAUCUGAAAUCCUGGGUGAAAUACAACUAGAAACGUUGUUUACAAUUCACGCAUUGAAACAGACAUUGGGGUUCACGCGCUUUUGGUCACAAAAUUAAGAAUAUUUUCACUUUUAUGAGUUAAGCAACACAGGGCAUCUGAUCGGUCGUGGAGAAAAAAAGUCAAGUUUCGUGGGAUUUUUAGAGAGAUUCGCGAAAAAAUCGGCUGAUAUCGCGGGAAUUUCGCGGAAAUUUUCGAGACUAAGUUCGCCGAAAAACAAUAGGUAAAAGUGGCCGAUUUCGUGGAAUUUUGUGGACAAAUUUCGCUAGAAAUCGAUCGAUUUUGCGCUGAUUUGACAAGUGUGUUUAAAGUUUUUUAACAGAGAUAAUCACUUGCUAUUUUAACUACAAAGCGCUCGAGAAAUGAGCCAAUGGCAAAGCUUUUUAAAACAUCAUGACUAGUGCCCAGUUCCCAACAUAACUUAUGCCUGGUAGUUUUGGAACGUUGUUCGCUCGUUGUGGGGAUGAACGUGACGGCAAUUAACAGCCCCAACAGCCGAGAUAAGUUUCAAAUAUGUUGUAUCGACAUGUAUUAGAUAAGAUUUCUAACAAAUUUCGCGGCCCCUCUACCCCGCGAAAAAUCUGAACCCACAGCUGUUUUUGGAAUAUAUAAAGCCAUUUUUGGUUAAUGGGCCCUUGUUUUAAGAAUUAACAUUUGACCGGCCAGAAACGAUAAGUGACCGAGCUAAAAUGAAUUUGGCUGGUCAUCGUGUCUGAAGGCUCUCCAGAAAUUAUUUCGAGCCUUGGAAAUGGUGUCAAGAUGUUCAAAACUCAAGUGGAACCAUGAGCCUUAGGCAAGUAGUUUUACUGCAAAGUUUUGAACAUGUUGACAUCAUUGCCACGGUCAAUAAGAGUAUAGACCAAGAAAAAUAAAUUGUUGUUGUCUAUUUGUUUUAUACAAUAACAUUGACAGCUUUUGUUGUUAAAGUUUCUGUUUAAGUUUUCUGAAAAUUGCAUGCACUUAAAAGAGUAUUAAUUGUACAACCAUCAUGCCAUUUCCAUGCUCUGCACUCUCAUUGACCAAAACUCUCAACCAAUCAGCACCAGCAUGCAGAGAAAGUUGUGUCUGAUAGCAUGGGGGUUGUAGAUUUUGCUAUUGGGCCGGUGAAUUCUGUUCUUAGCUUGCCUGAUGGGCAAGAGUAGUUUUUUGAGGUAUUCAAAUAAUAUUACAGAAGAACUGUGAAAUCAAUAAUUCUGCUCAUCAAAAAGUUUUUGGGGCUAGUUGAAAUGGUGUACGGGCUAGUAAAUGCUGGGUACAGCAUGCCCGAAUGGCAAGCUUAAAAAUGACUUUCUUUGCACCCUGCCACAAACAAGAAAUCACUCAGUUAUUGAGAAAGAAGGCACUGAAUAAAGCGUGGGUCACAUUGGAGCUUUUAUGAGCUAUAAAGAUGCACCUUUGUUACAAAAUUACAUUAUAUAAAACAUGGUUGAAGUUGAUGUAAAACAAUACUGUGACAACUUACUAAUCAUUCCUUAGGUCUGUUUCAGAGGCCAUACAUGUACAUGAAUUUCACAUAAGCUGAAUUAAGUUCCCGUGAAGUACGGUGUCUGGAUAAAUUCAAAAUGGGUAAUUCAAUUUGGGUUGGCUUAGAUAGGAAUAAUGGAUGUCGGCGGGUAUUGAUAAGGAAGGUGAACCUUGCAUGAGCCAAACCAAGUGCAUAAUGUUUUACAAUUUAGUUUACUAAAAUGUAUUUUUUUAAAAUUCUGCACAUAUGAAAUACAAUGCGUUAGUUCGUUUGUUUGCCUAUUUGAAGGCCUAUUUUUAUAUCUUCUGUUUGUGAAUAUCCUAUAGAUUAGAAGUUAUAGCGCCUAAAUGAUGUGAUUAGCUAUAGACCCUAUGUGUAAAUGUUGUUGUUAAUUUUUUCUUGACUUGUGAGUACAUCACAAACAUUUAGAAUUUUCAUUUCUUUUUUCCAAAAUCUGCUUAUAAAUCUAAGGCAGAAAAAUAUAUCUUAAUACAGAAAAUUUUAACUUUCAUCUUUUGCGUUGAAUUUCACAAUUUUUUUGUUUACAAGUUCUUUUUCUUUUCUUUUUUUUUCACAGAAAAACAGAGUGCUCAAAACUGAACUGAAGAAGUUGCGAAAAGAGGCCAAGCUGUAA